AUGGCGUCGCGAUGGUUCACAUUGUCGCUCCUCCUCACCCCCUCGCUGGCUCUUCAGAACGAUUUUAGCUUCUACCCCAAAGGUGCACAAAAAUGCCUGGAGAAGAACGCCGACGACGCCUCGUGCACCGGUGCCGACUCAAAGGAGCUCAAUUACUGCCUGUGCGGUUUGGGUAAUUACAACAAUGACUUCAUCCUCGGCUCUGCGCGCUGCAUUGGACAAGAGUCGCCCAACGACAUUGACGAGACGUACGAUAUGAUGGUCGAGGCUUGUAACAACUCCCAAACCCCAAUGAAGACGUCGAAAGCGGACUUCCAGCAGGCUGCCCAUGAUGGAGAGACAACUACAAGCGCCACAGGAACGACCGCGACUGCUUCAGCGACCGAUACCGCGUCUACCACGUCUGAUACGGCGGCGGCUGCUUCGACAACCGAUGCUUCAAAUGCAGAUGCAGAUGCAGAUGCAGACACAGGACUGUCUACAGGUGCGACGAUCGGUGUGGGCGUUGGUGCAGCAGCAGGAGGUGCAGCCAUCGUUGGUUUAGUUAUCUGGUUGUGGCUACAUCGUCGCAAGAAGAACGCUGAAGAAUCACACCCGAUGCUCCCCAACUACGAAUCCAACAACUCACCCUACCCACCUGUAGAACCCAAAGCUGCAUGGGGCACUACACCUGCGUCAGGAUGGCAGACACCCGACCCCAACGCAUCAGGAUACUACCCACCACCGAAGCAGCACGCGGGUGCCGUGGAACUACCACCCGACAACCUCGUAGCUGCGCCUGCGCCUAUAUUCGAGAUGGACGGUACUUCGUCGGGAGCUGUUGAGAUGCCUGGAUCAACACCUGUUGAUCUUCAUCCCCGUGGUAGUGAUGAGCUCAGCAGAGCAGGAUUGGGCUCUUCGGCCGGGGACACUGCUAUGGUUUCACCUCAGACACAACCUGGGACGCCAUAUCGACCAAAUGGAGAGAUGCACCGGUAA